AUGAGACAGCCAGUCUGGCAGUCUCUCGGCCUGCUGCAACGCGCAUCAUCCCAUUACCGCGUCCCCAUCGGUCGCCGCGCUAUCCAAACAGCCAGUUCGCGUAUCCCGAACUUCGCCUUUGCGUUCGAUAUCGAUGGCGUUCUCCUCCGAUCCUCCAAACCCAUCCCCGGCGCUGCGGACUCGUUGGCACUCCUGAAGGAACAGGGCAUCCCCUUCAUCCUGCUCACCAAUGGCGGCGGGAAACACGAAAUAGAGCGCGUGGCUGAGAUCAGUGACAAGCUUCAAGUUCCACUGGAUCCUUCGGUGAUUAUCCAGAGCCAUUCGCCUUUUGCGGAGCUGGUCAAGGGUGUUGACGAGGCGAGCUCGCUGGAGAAUAAAUGCGUGCUGGUGGUAGGAGGUGAUGGCGACAACUGCCGGCGUGUAGCGGAACAAUAUGGCUUCAAGAAUGUGGUGACACCCGGGGAUAUUUUCACGGCCUAUCCAUCCGUCUGGCCUUUCUCGAAGAACUUCCAGGAUUACUAUAACACAUUUUCCCGGCCUCUACCGAAGCCAAUCGACCCGACAAACCCGAGCAAGGGCCUCAAAUUCGAUGCCGUAUUCGUGUUCAACGACCCGCGCGACUGGGCUCUCGACACGCAGGUUAUCAUGGACAUCUUAAUGUCCUCACAGGGAUUGAUGGGAACGCAAUCAGCGAUGAACGGCAGAACCGACCUCCCUAAUCAUGGCUACCAGCAAGACGGCCAACCGCCUCUAUACUUCUCGAACCCGGACCUGUGGUGGGCAGCCGCAUACCCGCUGCCACGACUGGGGCAAGGUGGAUUCCGCGAGGCCCUGGAGGGCGUCUGGGCCGCAACAACAGGUGGACCUAGCAAAGGCAUCGAGCUGAAGAAGACCGUGAUCGGUAAGCCCUACCAAGGAACAUAUGAGUUCGCGGAGCGGCAAUUGCUUCGAAAUCGGGCCGCCAUCUUUGGCAACGGCGUGAGCCUUCCGCCGCUGCAGAAGGUGUACAUGGUUGGCGAUAACCCGGAGUCAGAUAUUCGGGGCGCCAACUCCUAUCGCAGCGAUAUUGGCAGUAGCUGGCACUCGAUCCUCGUGCGGACGGGUGUUUAUACGGGCGGCGAGCCCGCCUGGAAGCCGAAGACCAUCACGGAUAAUGUACAGACGGCGGUAGAGUGGGCGCUCAAGUCUUCCAAAUGGACUUGA